AUGAAGCUCCAUAAAGCUCUCUGUGGGUCGCGUCAAGCACCACAGGCGUGGAAUGCAAAGCUUGACAAGACUCUUGUAGCACUUGGUUUUGAGAAGUGUCCAAAUGAACAUGCUGUGUACAAGAGAAGAAAGAAUGACUCAAAUCUGCUAGUUGGUGUAUAUGUGGAUGAUUUACUAAUCAUUGGGCAGAAAAGUACAGAAGUUGAGGCUUUCAAAGCACAGAUGAAAGACAUGUUCAGCAUGAGUGAUCUCGGCCUGCUCAGUUACUACCUUGGCAUUGAAGUAUCUCAGUCUAGUGAAGGAAUCUCUCUCUGUCAAUCAGCAUAUGCACAGAGAAUUAUUCAGAAAGCUGGGAUGGAGAAUUGCAAUGCUUGCAGCACUCCAAUGGAGCCAAAGUUGAAACUGAGCAAAGUACGUACAACUGUCCCUGUUGAUUCGACUGAAUUUCGUAGCAUUGUGGGCAGUCUGCGCUAUUUAGUUCACACCAGGCCAGAUAUAUGUCACGCGGUUGGGAUCGUGAGUUGUUACAUGGAGAAUCCAACCACUGAACACAUGGCUGCUGUGAAACACAUAUUGAGGUAUGUGCUGGGGUCUCUAAAUCUUGGUUGCUAUUACAAAAGGAAGAAGAGCACCAAGCCACAGCUGAUUGGGUACUGUGAUAGUGACAUGGGUGGAGAUGUUGAUGACAGGAAAAGCACUUCAGGCGUCAUCUUCUACCUUGGUGAAAAUCCAAUCAGCUGGGUCUCGCAGAAACAGAAAGUGGUCGCAUUGUCGACUUGCGAGGCUGAAUACUUCGCUGCCACGUCGGCGGCAUGUCAAGGAGUCUGGUUGUCUCGUCUGCUAGGCGAUCUGCUCGAUGAGGAGCCGAAGACUGCAAUUCUGAAAGUCGACAACCAGUUCGCAAUCUCUCUCAGCAAGAACCCGGUUUUUCAUGAUAGGAGCAAGCACAUUCAUGUGCGUUAUCACUUUGCGCGAGAGUGUGUGGAAACCGAGAAGAUCUCAGUGGAAUAUGUACGUACUGAGCUCCAGCUAGCUGACAUACUCACAAAGGCAUUGGGGAGAGUCAGAUUCCUGGAGAUAAGAGAGAAGAUCGGCAUGGAGAAUGCUGGUAAGAUGCAACAAGCUUAA